CACGGGGCCUCCUGAGCCCGCCUCGAUUAGAAAGCCGGCCGGCGAACGAGAAGGAAGCGCGGAAGAUAAAGCGGAGGUAACCUUUUGUGGAUUUGUUUCCUCACAACGACCAUGGCCUCCCCUUCGGAAAAAGUCUUCCCGGUUUACGACGAAACAUCGACUUCGAAGCUGCUCCGGAAAUCGAAAGAAAUGCCCUUUGUCCCGAUCGGCCUGGCGGGCUUCGUCAGCCUGGCGGCCUACGGCAUCUACCGGCUGAAGCACCGGGGCCAGACCAAGAUGUCCAUCCACCUCAUCCACACCCGCAUGGCCGCCCAGGGCUUCGUGGUGGGCAGCAUCGUCUGCGGUGUGGUUUAUACCAUGUUCCGGGAUUACGUCUGGAAGCCUCAAUCGAAGGCUUAGGAAACCCGUUGUAGCUCUCCUCGCUCCUCUCCUUGACCGUACGGAUCGUUCCCCACCUACAAGUGGCUGCGGCUGAAAGGAAAAUGGA